CUUGAACCUUCGAAAAAGAAGAAUUGGAGUUGUCGGUCUAACUGUUGUUUAUCGGGGCCACCUACACAACCAUCACAAUGGAACUCGAUUCCGCAUCGGCAGUAAAGCCAACAAUGUACAAUGAUGAAGACGAUGGUGGUGAUAACGAUGCUGACGUCGACGCCCUUGUUCAAAAACAACAGGGCGAUGCCUUGCAACAGAAAAACAAGGGCAGCAACAAACACAACGAAGCGAUCGUUCUGAGAAGRAUGCGCUAUCUGACCUUUGUCGCCGCCAUUGGAGGUUUUUUGUUCGGAUACGAUACGGGCGUCGUGAGCGGCGCCAUGCUCCCUAUGAAGCGUGCACUAGAUCUCGAUAACGAGCAGCAAGAAGUGGUUGUUUCCAGCACGGUGUUUGCGGCCUUUGUGUCUAGUUUGUUCCUGGGAGCCCCCAUCAACGACAAGUAUGGACGYAGGACGGCUAUUCUUGGAUCGGCGCUGGUUUUUGGACUGGGCUCGGUCAUCUUGAUGCUCGCUAACGGGUACGAGAUGCUGGUGGCGGGUCGAAUUGUUCUGGGGCUGGGCAUCGGGGUGGCUUCGCUCACRACCCCCGUCUACAUUGCCGAAGUGGCGAUGCCGUCCAUGAGGGGGCAGCUGGUCACGGUCAACACGCUGCUGAUCACCUUUGGACAGUUCUUUGCCGGGAUGGUCGACGGAAUAUUGGAUUAUUGGAUGCCGGAAACUGGUUGGAGGUACAUGCUGGGCUUGGCAGCCCUUCCGAGUGCUUUUAUGUUUGUGGGCUUUCUGAACCUUCCGGAAUCGCCGCGGUGGCUGGCCAACAACAACCGCUAUCGCGAGGCCUCCCUCGUGCUGAGAGAGCUCCGGUACACUGUUGAGGAGGCGGAUUCGGAACUGCGUGAAAUUAUGGGCGCCAUGUCGACGUCAAAGSCAAAGCCAAAGGCUCGGCGAGUAGAAGCAGAACCGCAGGCUCAAAAAGGGGUUGGGAGCGACGACAGCGACGGCGAAAACGACAAUGUCUUCGGCGAGAAAUCGAAUCUGCCGUUUUCAUCGUCUUCGUCUUUGUCCUCGGCUGGUGACAACAACUGUGACUGUUCGCUGCCGUACGGCAGCAAUGCCAGUGCCGUCGAUAGUGACGAUUUCGAAGACGAAAUCCAAGCCAUGCAGUGGCAGCGACAAGCGCAGGCSAAYCGUUCGAAAUCCUCUGGUAGCAGCAUCAACCUGUGGAUGGCAAUGAUGUCGGAUCCACCCACCCGGCGGGCGCUGCUGCUGGGAUGCGGAUUGAUGGCCGUCCAGCAAUGCUCGGGGAUCAACACCGUCAUGUACUACGCCGCUAGCAUCUACCAGAUGGCGGGUUACGACGAACUGACCGCCGUGUGGCUCUCGGGUUUUACGGCCCUCGCCCAGGUGGUUGGAAUCGCCACCAGCAUUUUYUUGGUGGACAGGGCGGGCCGGAGGACCCUGGUCCUGUCCUCCCUGGGCUUUGUCGCUCUCUCGCUGGCGGGACUGGCGGGAUCCUUUUACCUGUCCCGCAUCACCUCGGGAGAGGUGGUAUCGGCCAGCGGCGGGUGUGCUUCGCAGCCGGCAGCCGUCUGGGACGGGCUGACCGCCUACUGCUACGAUUGUGUCGGACUGGAGGGUUGUGGCUACUCCGGGGGCACCUGUCUUCCCGGAUCCKUCGCGGGGCCACUUUUGGGGGGGGKCACCGCAGCGGGAUCCAAUGCCACGACGUGGGAGUACGACGGGUGCACCGGUACCGGUGGGGACCCCGGGGCCAAGAAGAAUCCCUACGGUCUUUUGUCRGUCGUCUUUAUGGUCCUCUACCUGCUGGCCUUUGGAAUCGGCAUGGGGGGCAUGCCCUGGACCAUCAAUUCCGAGAUCUACCCGCUGGAAUACCGAUCCAUGGCCGUCAGCCUGUCGACGGCCACCAACUGGAUCGGCAACCUGGUAAUCAGCGCAACCUUUCUGACCCUGAGCAGCCCGGGGGUCCUGACCGCCUACGGAGCCUUUGGCUUGUACGGGGCGGUGGCUCUGAUCGGAUGGGUGUGGCUCUUUUGGMAGCUCCCGGAAACCAAGGGGCUGUCCCUGGAAGACAUCGAGGAGCUCUUCCGGCGGCCCUGGGACAACGAGAACGGUCGCGGGGGCGAAGAACAGCGCACCACCGGCGGCGRCGGCGACGUCGACGACAUGGUGCCGCUGACGGGAAAGGGGGAUCCCGAAGAAGCCGGAGGCGAGACCGAUACCUUCGCCGCGGGCUGAAGACGGGCCUCGUCGAUCCGGGAAAAACCAAGCCCCGCUGCUUGAUCUGGUCCAGCAUCAAGGAUUUGUCUUGGUUGGGUCUAGAAUGAGGGAAAAAUCGAAUGCUGGACGAUUCGGUUCGAUUCCAUUCCGUGCCGUGCCGUGCCGUGCCGUGCCGCGCCGCGUCGAUACGGUUCCCUCCUUUCCAUUCGCUUCCCAUUGCACACAAAGUGUGUGGGUGAAUAUGGAAGUCAUUCGGUGUAGAAAAUGGAAUGAAAGGAAUCGAGUUGC